AUGGUGGAGAAGCAGCAUCAGGAGAGGCUGCUCGCCGUGCCGGAGAGGCGGCAGCGCCUCGUGGCGCUGGAGAGCUUGAGACUCUGGAAAGCCCACGGCAUGUUUUCGUGCGUCUCCGGAGCUUAUUCCGGUCAGCUCGCCCCUGCACCAGGCCUGACAAGCUUCACGGCGUGCGGCACUGUUGCCCGAGUGCUGCGGCCAGGGGUGAACAGCAUCCUGGCUCUGGUGAGCGUGAGUCGCAGCUGCGAUUCUGCUGUCGCGGAGGGGUGCGGUGCUGAAGAGCUGGAUGUCGGUUAUUCUUCGGAGCAUGCCUGCUUCUGGGCACCUCCGCUGACAAAGGGUAGACAAACCCAAGAGAGUCUCAAUGGGGGUGAGACUGUAAGAUGGCACAUUGAACUACAGCCGUGGGCGAGUCCAACUCCUUCCCUCAACUACGAGGCCUUGAGGUUCCUGAAGUACAUUAGCACUUCUCAGAUUUCAUGUGAACACAUGAACCUGAACAGCCUGAGAGGGUACUCUGAAACCGCAAAGAAGCCCUGGUCUAUCUGUCUUGACGAGAGAUUUAGCCUCAUUCAUCGAAUCAGAAGCAAGCAAUGCCGUCUCUAUUCCCUUGGGCUGGGCAACGAUGACAACCAGUUUGAGAUCAGCAUGGCCAACAGUGGAUGUGAGGUGCAUCGCUUUGACCCCAGCAUCAAGUCAGCUCACAUUCAGGAGGGUCGGCACCUCUGGUAUCAUCGCCUGUCCAUUGACUGGAGGGAUCCCAAUCCAGCCAUUGCUGCUCACAAACUUCACAGCAACACAAAGAAGCUGGGCACAAUAUUGAAUGAAUUUGGACAUCAGAAGAUUGAUGUCCUCAAGGCAGAUGUGGAGAGCGCCGAGUGGAAAAUACUGGAAAACCUGAUCCUGGAAGAUGUUGUUGAGCAGAUAGGACAGCUGGUCUUUGAGGUGCACAUCCACUGGCCUGGGUUUGAGGUCAGCGGCAAUGACAGCACCGUGGUGAGGUACUGGUACAGUCUGCUACGAGAAUUGGAGCUGAAGGACUUCAAGCUUUUCCAUACCUACAAAGACUUAUCAAAACCACAGAUGUUUCUGAAAAAGGAGGCCUUCAACGCCAGUAGCUGUUACACACUGAGCUGGGUGAAUACAAGAUGGAAAUAGCAGAAAGGAAUUUAUGAUGCGUGACUGCGAGCCAUCUGGCCCUGUAGCGUUAUUGAAGAGGCCUUUGGCAUCACUGGCUAAAGUUGCUAAAUAUGCACACAGCGACUGCAAACAAAAUGGACUGGCUUUUAUUUUUGUAUGUUGU